AUGAAGUCCGCUCUGACCAUCACUUUGGCCUCUUUACUGCUGGCAAGCUGCUACGCUCAGUUCUCCAGGAGACCAUUCGGUACCUUCAGAUUUGGUGAUGAUGAUUUUUUUGAUGACGGAAUCUUUGACGACGAUUUCUUUGAUGAUGGAUUCUACGAUGAUGAUUUUUAUGAUGACGACGGGUUUGGUUUCCUUGUCGGUAGGCCAUUUUUAAGACGUGGAUUCGGUGGUAUGGGAGGCGGAUUCAGUGGUAUGGGAGGCGGAUUCAGUGGUAUGGGAGCCGGAUUCGGUGGUAUGGGAAGCGGAUUCAGUGGUAUGGGAGGCGGAUUCGGUGGGAUAAGUGGCAGUUUUGGAGCCAGUGUUGGAACCAGUGGUAUCGGUGGAAUGGUCGGUACUAACAUAGGAGGAACCGGAUACGGAAAGAAACACUACAGCGGAUACGGAAAGAAGCGCAUCCCGAAGAAAAUGUCUGGAUAUGGAAAAUCCACUGGUAUCGCUGUUCCAAUGGCUUUAGGAUACCAAUCCUUGGGAUACCAACCUUCACAGACUUAUUAUGCUGGGGCCUCAAGCUAUCCACAGGGAGGAUAUGCUGGGGCCUCAAGCUAUCCACAGGGAGGAUAUGCUGGGGCCUCAAGCUAUCCACAGGGAGGAUACGCGGGGACCUCAAGCUAUCUACAGGGAGGAUAUACCGGAACCUCAGGCUAUCCACAGGGAGGAUACACCGGAACCUCAGGCUAUCUACAGGGAGGAUACACCGGAACCUCAGACUAUCUACAGGGAGGAUACACCAGCGCUACUCCAUACUUUACUUCAUCAGCCGGUGGCCAAUACCCCAACUACUACGGAACAAGUGGUGCUUUGUACUAAAUAUUCUAGGUUGUUUUUACUGCUGCCUUGUUUUGCGUUUAUUGUGAUCUAGGAAAACAUUGAAUAAAAACUUUGAAUUAA